AUGGCAAUAUCACAAAGCCCACGAAAAAGGUUUCUUCGUCGAAGAUCCACUCCUCAUUCCCAAGGAAGUGUUUCCAAUAAAUCUAUUCAAAUUUUGUCUGCAAGUUUGGAUAACAACGACAAAAAUAACCACUUAAAAACUGAUAGUGAUAGUGGUGAUCAUUUUAUAUCAGAGAAAAAGAUCUCGGUAAUUGACAAUAACUUGGAUAGUGAAAACUUUGAUAUAAAAAAUGCAGAACUUCAUUUGGUUAAAAGUUUAGAUUCAAACAGUUCAAAAAGAAAAAAACUAUUUGAAGUCAGAAAUGAGAACGUUGAGAAUGUUGAACUAGUUCGAACAAAAUCUGAGAGUUCUUAUCACAAAGAGUCCAUAAUUGCUGAUGAAGACUUGAACAUGCUUCUUAAUUAUUUCAAUUUAGAAAGAAGAACUCAAGAAAAGGAUUUCAUACCAAAUAAUAAUCAAACUGAUCAAGAAAAUGUUAAUCCAAAGGAAAAGAGAAAACAUUUUAUUGAUAAAGUUGUUGAUGAAAGUAAUUGUGCACCAAAAAAAGUUUCAAAAGUAAUUGAAGAAGAACCACUAAAAGAAAUUAUUAAUAAUGGUCCUGAAAAAAUUAACGCUUCUGAAAAAUUGAUAAAAAACGAUGAAAAUCUCAAAAUAGCUAACACUAAUAAUCUAAAAAUAACACAAUUAAGACUCAGAGAUAGAAUUUCUUAUUUUUUUGGCUUUAAAAAAACUGAAAAUAAAAAGACUGUGGGUCCUAUUCUUACUGGCACUGAAAAAGACAACGAAGAAGACUCAAUAGAUGAUUCAGAUAAAGAAUCAAAUUUUUCUUUUAAAAAUUCUUCACUUAGACAUAAUAAAACCAAACAAGCUGGAAACUUUGCUAAUUUACCUGCGUUGUUUGAGAAUAAUGAAGAAAAAUUGCAUAAAGAAGCUCACUUGUUUAAGUAUAUCAAAUUUCCUUCCUCAAAAUUAGUUUUGUUGGAUAAUGCCAAUAGAGAUUCAUUUAUAACUCAAUCACUAAUAAUUAAAAACAACUUGAAUGGAGUAUAUUGUUUAGGUUUUCCUUGGGUUGUUUGGAAUGAUUACUUGUGUGAAGACUGUGGAUCAAGACCAACGACGUCUGCGACAACAACAUUCAUUAAUGUUAACAGUUCGCUGAAGACUAAAAGAAAAUUGCAUGCAGAGGAAACGAUAGAAACAAAAAAGGAUUUAGAUUUUUUCAUUCAAAAGCAAAAAAAAUUAGUCAAUCAUAAAAAAUUUCAUUUGCACAUUUUUAGAACUCAUAUUAAACCAAGAAGAACAGAACCAAGGUUAAAUGGCUCUGGUACAAUAAUUUUUCAAAUUAAUGACGGACUUGAAUUUUCAUUUUGGAAAAAAAUUCUACAAAUAAUUUUAGAAGACAAGUUAUUUGGCCCUUUGACAGCACAAAAUCAAGAAUCUAUAUGUGGAAUAUCAUGGAAAAAUAAAAAAUUGUAUUCUAUAUGUUCGUUAUGGCUUUAUCCAAAUGGUCAAUAUAGUAAUGAAAAAGUAAUAAAACUUUGUGAAGAUAUUAAAGACCUACUUCCAGAUGAUUUAAAACCCUUUAUUGAUUCUGCAAGAUACGUUCAUAACAAUACACUUGAAAUUGAUGUGUUGUACAAUGAAUGCUAA